AUGAGUCGGACAACAAAUGAGAGUGAAGAUGGAGUGCUGUCCAAGGAUCAGAUUGAGUCUCCGUUGAUGGAUGAGAGUAACGGAGGAACUGGAAAUGGUGGAAUUGUUCUAAAGAAAGGACCAUGGACCUCGGCUGAAGAUGCAAUAUUGGUGGAGUAUGUUAAAAAGCAUGGGGAGGGAAACUGGAAUGCUGUUCAGAAGCACUCAGGCCUAUUCCGUUGUGGUAAAAGCUGCCGGCUGCGAUGGGCAAAUCACCUAAGGCCAAACCUGAAGAAAGGGGCAUUUACUCCUGAAGAAGAACAUUUGAUUGUUGAACUCCAUGCCAAGAUGGGGAACAAAUGGGCACGCAUGGCAGCACAUUUACCUGGCCGUACGGAUAAUGAGAUAAAGAACUACUGGAAUACCAGAAUUAAGCGGCGUCAGAGGGCUGGCUUACCACUUUAUCCUCCCGAGGUGUGUUUGCAAGCAUUGCAGGAGAGUCAACAAGGCCAGUCCAGUGGUGGAAUUAAUGGUGCAGAUAGAGCACAUCAUGAUUCUCUGCAAACUAACAGUUAUGAGAUACCUGAUGUUGUAUUUGAGAGUUUAAAAGGAAACAAUUGUGUCUUACCUUAUGUUCCAGAAAUUCCUGAUCUCUCUGCUAGUGGCGUGCUGAUGAAAGGCCUUAGUUCUUCUCCAUAUUGUGGUUUCAUGCCACCAACAAUGCAUCGUCAAAAGCGUCUUCGAGAAUCAACAUCUUUAUUCUCUACUUCUGAUGGUAGUUUCAAAAAUGGUUUCCCCCAGUUUGACCAUUUUCAAGAUGAUACUUGUGAUAAAGUUGGUCAGUCGUUUGGAUUGUCAUUUCCUCAUGAUCCUGAUCCUACCACUAAGAGUCCACUGUCGUUUGGUGUAAUUCAGGGUAGCCAUUCCCUUUCAAAUGGCAAUUCUUCUGCUUCUAAGCCCACCUCAGGGGCUGUGAAGCUGGAGCUCCCUUCACUCCAAUAUCCAGAAACUGAUUUAGGCAGCUGGAGCACUUCUCCUCCGCCGCCCUUACUGGAAUCAAUUGAUGCUUUUAUCCAAUCUCCCCCACCUGUUGGUGCAUUUGAGUCAGAUUGCGCUUCACCACGUAAUAGUGGCCUGCUAGAUGCUUUACUCCAUGAGGCAAAGACUCUCAGUUGUGCAAAGAAUCUUUCUUCUGACAAGAGUUCAAAUUCAUCUAGUGUUACUCCUGGUGAUAUUGCUGACAGUUCCACGUUGAACAUUUGCGAGACAGAAUGGGAAGACUAUCGUGACCCAAUUUCUCCAUUGGGUCAUUCUGCUACUUCGCUGUUCAGUGAGUGUACUCCUAUUAGUGCGAGUGGAAGUUCAUUGGAUGAACCGCCGCCUGCUGAGACCUUUACUGGGUGCAAUGUGAAACCAGAACCGGUUGACCAAGCUUGGACCCCGGAUAAAGAAAAAGAAACUACACCUCAGUUGGAUUACACUCGUCCCGAUGCUUUACUUGCUUCAGAUUGGCUUGAGCACAGUACUGGGUUUAAAGACCAAGGCAUGACAGAUAGUAUUGCAUCAAUUCUUGGUGAUGAUUUGGCGACUGACUACAGGCACAUGGCUUCAGGAACUUCUAUAUCAAAUCAAGUAUGGGGUCUUGGUUCUUGUCUGUGGAACAACAUGCCUGCUGUGUGUCAAAUGUCUUCUGAUCUUCCUUAA